AUGGCGACGCAGAGCCCGCCGGAACCGCCCGCCACCGGCGGCGGCGGCGGCAGCAGCAGCAGCAGCGCCGGCACCGUCGUCUUCUUCCACCCGGACCUGGGCAUCGGCGGCGCCGAGCGGCUCGUCGUCGACGCCGCCGUCGGCCUGAAGCAGCGCGGCCACCGCGUCGUCAUCUUCACCAACCACUGCGACCCCUCGCACUGCUUCGACGAGUGCCGCGACGGCACCCUCGACGUCCGCGUCCGCGGCGCCUGGCUCGUCCCCCCGACCAUCCUCUCCCGCCUGUCCAUCCUGUGCGCCAUCCUGCGCCACCUCCACCUCCUGCUGCACAUCACGCUCCUCACCACGGAGCUCGCCUCGCUGCGGCCCCGCGCCGUCGUCGUCGACCAGCUCUCCGCCGGCCUGCCCCUCGUGCGCUACGUCCUCGACCGCGGCGUCCCCGUCCUCUUCUACUGCCACUUCCCCGACCUGCUGCUCGCCCGCGGCCGCGACGCCUCCCUCCUCAAGCGCCUCUACCGCGUCCCCUUUGACGCCAUCGAGCAGUGGACCAUGGCCUUUGCGCACGCCGUCGCGGUCAACUCCGAGUUCACCCGCUCCGUCGUGAACAAGACGUGGCCGCGCCUGGGGAGCCAGGUCCCCAUCAAGGUCGUCUAUCCUUGCGUUGAUGUUGAUGCUGCCGCUCGCGAGGACGCGGAGGUCAAGGCGUCGGCAGGCAGGGGCAAGGAGCUGCUGGGCGGCGACAGAAUCAUACUUAGCAUCAACCGCUUCGAGCGCAAAAAGGACAUUGGCCUCGCCAUCAAGGCCUUUGCCGCCAUUCCCGUCGCCGACCGCAAAAACGUCCGGCUGGUCCUCGCCGGCGGUUACGACCCCCGCGUCUCCGAAAACGUCGAGUACCACACCGAGCUCGAAGCCCUCGCCUCAUCCCUCUCCCUCGCCCACCACACCAUCACCCCGCCCUCCAAGUCCUCGCCCGCGUCCUCCCCCGCGUCCACCCUCUCCGCCGUCCCCCCCUCCGCCUCCGUCAUCUUCCUCCUCUCCGUCCCCUCAGCCCUCAAGGCCGCCCUCCUCCGCUCCGCCUCCCUCCUCGUCUACACCCCCUCCAACGAGCACUUCGGCAUCGUCCCCCUCGAGGCCAUGCUCGCCCGCGUCCCCGUCCUCGCCGCCAACACGGGCGGUCCCGUCGAGACCGUCAGCGACCCCGCCACCGGCUGGCUCCGCGACCCGGACAACUCUGCUGCAUGGUCCGCCGUCAUGCGCGACGCCCUCGCCAUGCCUGCGUCCCGCCUCACAGCCAUGGGCGAGGAAGGCGCCCGCCGCGUGCGGGAGCGCUUCGGCAGGGACAAGAUGGCGCAGUCGCUCGACGACAUCCUCGGCGAGAUUCGCGCCGCGAACCCCCGGCCACCUUUUAUCAACUACAUCAUCAACUUGGUGUUGCUCGUCGUAUUCUUCUACCUGGGCCUCCUGCUGGCUUCAACGUAUAGGCGCUUCAAAAGCGGCUGA